CAUUCAUCGGGCCACAUGUUGUUACUCUAUCUGUCACUUCUUUUGUUGGCCCUGGCCGUGCAUGGGGUUCGGAAACGUUUCCGAUAUUGGGAAGAUCGAAGAGUGCCGUACGUGACACCAACAUUUCCAACAGGAAAUUUGCGCGGUUUUGGUCGAAAGUUUCAUAUUUUCACUAUUAUGGAACGGUGCUACAAACAGUUGAAAGGGAAAGGGCCCUUCGGAGGAAUCUUUAUGUACACAAAUCCGGCAGCUCUUGCUUUAGAUCUGGAUUUCGUAAAAAAUGUGCUUGUGAAAGAUUUUCAAUACUUCGAAGACCGAUCAUUUUACUAUAACGAAAAAGAUGAUCCUCUUGAGGCUCAUUUGGUUGCGUUAGAAGGAACAAGGUGGAAAAAUCUUCGAUCCAAAGUGACACCAAUAUUUUCGUCCGGCAAAAUGAAGAUGAUGUUUCCAACUAUGAUACGUGUAGCAAACGAUCUUAGCAGGCUACUGAUUAAGGAAAUCGAGGAAGAAAAAAACAUCGAGAUGAAGGAGAUUUUGGCCCGGUAUACUACGGAUGUAAUUGGCAACUGCGCAUUCGGAGUAGAUUGUAACAGCUUGUAUAAUCCGGAAGCAGAAUUUCGCCAAAUGGGAAAGAAAGCUUUUACGUUCAGAUUUCUAAAAGUGUUAAUAGCGCAACAAUUCCGCGAAAUCGCUCGCGCAUUGCACGUGACAUUCUUUGAUUCGGACGUUACCAACUUUUUCCUCAAAGUGGUGAAAGAUACUGUUGAGUACCGCGAAAAAAACAACGUUCAACAAAAUGACUUUAUGAGUUUGCUGAUGCAGUUGAAGGACCCAGGUCCGGAGAGCGAUGAGAGCAAAAAUCAGCAGGGAUAUUUGUCGAUUGAGGAAAUUGCCGCACAAGCUUUUAUGUUUUUCCUGGCUGGAUUUGAAACAUCAUCCACCACAAUGUCCUUUUGCUUGUAUGAGCUUUCCGUGAAUGCUAAACUUCAGGAAAGAGCUCGGGAAAGUGUGCUACUUUCAAUCGAAAAACAUGGUUCCAUGAACUACGAUGCCAUUCGUGAUAUGCAGUUUCUUGAGCAAUGCAUAAACGAAUCACUCCGGAAAUAUCCUCCGAUAGCAUCUUUACCACGUACGGUUACUAGGAACUACCCAGUGCCCGACAGUGAUGGCGUGGUAUUACGGCGUGGGACAACCAUGGUCAUACCUAUUUAUGCUAUUCAUCAUGACUCGGAGUAUUACCCGGACCCAGAAACCUACGAUCCAGACCGCUUUAACCCAGACCAGGUGUCCCAACGAAAUCCAUUCUGCUUCAUUCCGUUCGGGGGAGGUCCUAGAACCUGUAUUGGGUUGCGAUUCGGAAUGAUGCAAAUUCGCAUCGGGUUAGCUAUUCUGCUAAAACACUUCCGAUUUACUGUGUCGAGUAAAACGGUUGUGCCUUUGCAGAUAUCCCCGAACGAUCUGGUUCUCUCCUUCAAGGGAGGAUUGUGGUUGAAGUUGGAGAAGCUUUGAGCUCUUUUGAUAAUUGUGUUACAUUUGUGGCUGAUGUAAUUUGUCUAAUGAUUGGAUAGUAACC